AUGCCGGGCCCACAAGCCUCUAAUUAUGCACCAAAGCAAGUCUCACUCGUUGUCGUUACGGUCGCUACUCGUUAUGGUCUCUAUUCUACUCAUUUUCCUAGCCUUCUCCAACAGCUUAUCGGACAAUAUGCCGCGGUGAACCCGGUACCGACAGAAGGGAUCAGUUUACCAGAAGAACAGCCUGCCCAUCUGGCUGAAUCUCGAGAUGUGAUCAGCGCUGGAUCACACGGAGGAUUGAAUGUCCAGUCGUCGUACCCCCCGAUACUUACUCUGCCGCCUCACAUAGAUCUUGAGAUGGGCUGCCAUUUCACGGUCCCCAAAGGACGCACCGAACAUCGCGCUAUGACGCCCAAAGCCGCCAUCAGUAAUUCUCAUAACGAUAUUUUGGGUGUCCAAAAAAACUCCAAGACUCUUGCAUUUACAAUAGCCAAAGAAUCCCCUGAAGAAUAUAUUGAAAGAGUUCUGAACCCAAUCAAAAGCACCAGAUUUCAAAGAACCUCGGCAGAGCUUCCAGAAUCUGAGCAAGAAGGAGAAAUUCUGAUAAAGCAGAUCAUGCAAGAGUUCAGGUCUCUCAGAGAAAAUGUGAAAAGCAUGGGCUCAGCCUCCAUCCGCGCUAUGGUACAGCCGUACCAUUCGCAAGUGCAGCAUUCUGUCUUUGUUCCAUCCCGAUACGCGUCCAAAUUAGACGAGAUCCACCAAAAAGUUGCCAUCCUGAAAGACAAUCGGCUGGCUACUUUGAAAGGACGAUUCCCCACUAUCUCUAUCCUUUCGAACAACUAUUCCCCACCAGCCACCGAUAUCUUAAUCCAGCCAAAAAGUGCUGAAACUGAUGGUGCAAAAAUUGUCUUGGGUGAAGCAGAAAGGCAAAGCCGUGAUCCGGCAGAUAUUGCUAGCAGUUCCAGGCCCGCUGUCAAUUAUGAAGAGCACAGUAAGAUGCCCCCAGAUGAAGAUCCCAGCAAGCAGGCCUCAGCCAGGCGUCCUGAAGAGCCAGCUCUGGGCGGAGACAGCCAUCGGAUUAUCAUGCAACUAAUCGGGAAAGACGUCGCGGAAGAGACUAUGGAUCUCGUCAAGAAGAGCAGCCCCAACCAAGAGCAGCAUGUUGAUUGCGACAUCUCUGUUCACCGGCUCGGAUUCCAAACCAUCCAUUUCAUGCACAGGAACCAUUUGAUCGAUCACCACAGUUUUUCCUCGUUAUUUACCAAGGUGAUUUUGGAUGAAGCUGCUGAAAAUAUGUUCCGCAGUUACAUAUAUGAUCAACCAUACUUGUUUGGAAAAAGCUAUAUAGAAGACUGCAAGAAUGUGUUCAAUGGCUGGUAUGCGUCACCGGAUAGGGAGAUGUUCUCAGUUCUUGAACCCAGAAAACAAAGAAUGUUCUUAUUCUACUCCGUGAAACAAAUCUUCAAUAGGUACAAGAAACUACCUGAAAGCGCAAAGGCCCCACUACUACUCCAACAUUCCAUGGAUCUAUACUAUCAUCACAUUUUCAAAAAACAGAGUGUUUUCAACCUGUUGGAAGAAGUUUCACCAAGGUCUACACAUGAAUCAGAGGAACUCGAAACGCUGAAAAAUCGUCUCAGAAACCGGUGCUAUGUUCUCAGAAGCAUCGAAGAUUUCGAUCCAAAUGAGCAAUAUCAAAAUGAAGUCUCCGUGGUCUUCCAAGCGGUCCGGUUUUUCAAGGAGAACUAUCCCGACUUAAAGCUGAUUGAGCAAGGGGAAGAAUUCGAGAAGAAAUAUGCACUGUGGUAUGAGUGCAGUCGCCUGCACGGAAGACUGGACAACAUUCGCAUCUACUUGGAGUUCAGAUUUGCCGGGAAGCAUCCCUCUCCGAUGGGUGUCGAGUUCCUCCCCCCCGCCAACACCUCGGACUCACCAUUCACACCGCAGGACAAACUGGCCCUGAUCUCGACCCAUGUUGACCUGCUUUUCGCAGAACAUGACCGCGCCAUUCAGCGUAUCCUUGAUGGCGCUCAAAAGAAUCGAUAUUGCGAUCAUAUAAGAGUUUCAGACAGGGUUAUUGCUCUGAAAAAUAGGAUAAUUGAAUUAAGAAGUGAAUCAGCUAGCUAG